ACUACUGGUGUUUGGAGGACCUCUACAGGGAGCUGGUCAGGGUGUAUGUUGAGGCCAUGGUGUCUCUCCAGGGUCGCCCUCCUGACCCAGCCACUGUGGAGGGAUGUGCUCACCUCAAACCCAACAACUUCCUGCUUGCCUGGCACACGCCCUUCAAUGAGAAAGGUUCUGGGUUUGGAGCAGCCACCAAGGCCAUGUGUGUGGGGAUGAAGUACUGGCAGCCUGAGAGGCUAGACAACCUAGUGGAGGUCAGCAUUGAGAUGGGGCGCAUGACCCACAACCACCCUACAGGUUUCCUGGGCUCUCUGACCACGGCUCUGUUUGCAUCGUACGCGGUGCAGGGCAAACCGCUGGUGACCUGGGGUCGCGACCUCAUGAAGGUCAUCCCCAAGGCCGAGGAGUACUGUAAGAAGACCAUACGCCACAUGGCAGAGUACCAGGAGAAGUGGUUCUACUUUGAGGCUAAGUGGCAGUUCUACCUGGAGGAGAGAGGCGUGGAGGAGGAGGGGCAGAACAAGCCCCUGUUUCCUGACACCUACAACGCUGAGGAGACAGACAAGGUGUAUAAGCGCUGGAGCUCAGAAGGUCGGGCUGGACGGAGAGGUCAUGAUGCUCCCAUGAUAGCCUACGAUGCUCUCCUGGCCUCAGGCUCCGACUGGACCCAGCUCUGCCGCCGCGCCAUGUUCCACGGAGGGGAGAGCAGUGCCACAGGGCUGAUAGCAGGCUGUCUGUACGGUCUCCUGUUCGGCCUGUCCCAGGUCCCUGAAGGGCUGCACCAGGAUGUGGACCGACGCACGCGGCUGGAGGAGCUCGGAGCAGAACUGUACAAGGCAGCCUCUGCAGAGAGGAGCACAGAGAAAGCAGAGAGAGCAGUGAUUGCAGGGCCAUCAGGCCUCAUUGUGGACACCAGAACUCUGAGGAGGCUGGUUUGGGACCGGACGACCCGCCCGGAGCUCAGAGGGAUUCUGGAGAGCCUGUUCCACUACCUAACCCAGGACCUGCCCGGCCGGAGCCCCACCGCGAGGCCCCCUGAGAGGUUAGGGCUGGAGGUCAGUGUGGGGUUGGAGGUGCCCCAGUUCAGCAGGUGUGGAGGUCGACCAGCAGGGAGCGACGUCUCAAGACGCCUCACCUCCUUCCAGCUUCUCCAGGCCAAGUUCCUGAGGAACACCCCCAACCCUCCGCUCACUCACCGCCGGGAGGUGGGGGCCCUGGCACUGUCCUCCAGAGGGGGUGGAGGGGGAGGCUGUGGGAGCCAGAGCCAUGGCAGAGAGACCCCUAGUGGACAGGUUGAGGGCUGCAUUCCCAAAACAGGACGUAGAGUGAGAAAGGGGAACACUGUUAAGGAUGUGCUGGCCAGGUUUGCUGCAGCAACGCAGAAAGAGAGGGGAGGGGCCACACAGGGGGGAGGAGCGUCGAAAAGACCCCGACCGAUCGGCAAGGGGCAGCUACUGUCUGCCAUAAUGGACAAGUUUGAAACCAUGGCGACGGUGCACCGGGGAAGUGACGUGAGUUGCCAGAAGAAAAGCUCCUCUCCUGGUACCAGCUCAUCUGGACGUGUCAACGAAUUAGUGAGUCGUCAGGAAGAAGAGGGACAACAGUGCUUAGGUCAACCCGUCAAAGGUCAGAGUUCAGUGAAGCAACAGGUUAAGAGUAAAGGCUGGGGACAGCCGAGGAAACAGAACCCCUCUGGAGUACAGGAAGGAGAUAGAGGAUCAGAGAAGACAGUAGCUGGUCUGAAGGACUCACUUCAACACAGAAAAGGGAGGAACUGGAAUCAGAAGGUGAAAGGUCACUCUGUAGUCAAUAAGCAGAUAAGGGGUCCAGGUUCAGAUCAAGAAGCUGAAGGUCAGAUUCAGGAUUCAAUUAAGGUGGUAGAAGUUUGGGGUGCGAAUCAACAGGUAGAGACUCUGGGUACGAACCAACAGGUAGAAACUCUGGGUACGAACCAACAGGUAGAGAUUCAGGGUACGAACCAACAGGUAGAGACUCUGGGUACGAACCAACAGGUAGAGAUUCAGGGUACGAACCAACAGGUAGAGACUCUGGGUAUGAACCAACAGGUAGAGACUCUGGGUACGAACCAACAGGUAGAGAUUCAGGGUACGAACCAACAGGUAGAGACUCUGGGUACGAACCAACAGGUAGAGAUUCAGGGUACGAACCAACAGGUAGAGACUCUGGGUAUGAACCAACAGGUAGAGACUCUGGGUACGAACCAACAGGUAGAGACUCUGGGUACGAACCAACAGGUAGAGACUCUGGGUACGAACCAACAGGUAGAGACUCUGGGUACGAACCAACAGGUAGAGACUCUGGGUACGAACCAAGAACAGAUUGUUAGCUCAGGUCAAAGACGAGAAGGCCAUGGUUCAGAAUUUAACAAGGAGCUAAAGGUUCAGAGUGAAAACAUUGAAGUUAAGGCCUCAGUGGGUCAGGAAGUGGUGGUACAGGCUUCACAUCAGGAAAAUGAGGAUCCUGAUCAAGACAGUGAAGUUGAAGUUUCAGGUCAGGAGCUCAAGGCACAGGUUACAGGUCAGGAGGUCAAGGCACAGGUUUCAGAUAAGGAAUUAAAGGUACAGGUCUUAGGUCAGGAGCUCAGCUAUGUGCAGGUAGAGCUGCUCUGCUCUGCUGCAGUGGUCCAGUGGUCUCCCCCAGCACCCCAGGUAGGGAUACCUGAGGUAGAGGCCUUGCAGUCUGUGUACCUGGCAACGCUUCUCCCUUGUUCUCCUGUGUGGGCACUAGCUUCCUCUGUGGAUCCACCAGCACAGAAAUACUCAGGGUUAGGGUCCAAAACCAGGACCCUGGAAGGCUCACAUCUCUCCUACCCCUGUAAAAAACAGUACAUGGAUCCACCCCAACCCCGGUCCACCCAGAGAGGCCAGCCCAGAUACCCCAUCCCUAGGAGGGCCCACGGCUCAGAAUCAGAACCAUCAGAACUGGGCCAGGCCCAUAAUGCCAGCCUCUCACCCCCACCUUCUGAAUCUACGACCCCUGAUGUCAUGACCUCUGUCCCCACAACCCCUGAUCUUGACCUUUGCUUCCUGCCAUCAGCGCCCACAACGUCCAACCAGGAGCACCGCCCACAUGAAGCCAAACAGGAAGUAAAUGUCCUCAUGGCACUGCAAAGUGGGGAGGGGGAGGUGACAUGUCAGGAGGGGGAGGGGCAGGGUAGCGCUGUGAUGUCACACAAAGAUGAUGUCAUCACUAUGCGUGGUUCAAGUGUUGCAGAGCCAGAAAGACUACAGACAGAAAAGCAGGAGAGACCAAAGUACAGGACGUUAAACUACAGCGACCCUUCUGCGAAACUGAUUUAUAAACCCAGAAUCAUCCGAUUCACAGAUACCUUUAAUUUCUAAGUCACUCGUCCACUCACUCUGACUUCAGUGAUGCGUCCGUCUGUGAAGGAUAAAAGCCUUCUGAACUUUCUCUCUCCUCACAGUGAAACACAAUACACCUUCAAGGUCAUGCUAGCUAUCCCAUGUGUUGCUGUCCUCAAAGCCGUGGGGUUGCAGGAAGCAGCCUACGCUCUACGUGUGGUGAUUACUCAGAAGCUGUGUAAUGCUCUAAGUAGAGUAGAGUAGCGUGUGUGUGUGUGUGCGUGCGUGUGUGUGUGUGUGUGUGCUUGCGUGUGUGUGUGUGUUGUCCGUACUGUAACAGUGGAAAGACAAACAGAACAGUGGUGUUAAACAUUGACUAAGCUAAGCCUAAUCUUUAGAAUGGGAUUUUCGUGGAAAACAAUGUGAAGCAAUAAUAUCAGGACUUAAACUGUAGCUAUGACAACCGAGUCAAACGAACCUCUGCUCUUUAUCAGAUUAAAGAAACUCAAUCCCUUAUCUUGUAGUUAUUGUA